GCUACACAGUUGGCGCGCGUGUAAGCUACCGAAGUAGGCGUGCACUGGAUGCUCUCGGCACGGGGAUACGUAGCUCAAGGAAGAACGAAAGGCGCCACUUUGCUCGGAGUGUUGAAGGGGUGCUGAGAGUGGUCAGACGAUUGGGGGAUUCAACGGGAGAAAUACAGGUGGCGUAGGUGGAGCAAGGGGCUAGGCAGCUGGGAAAGAAGCGUCGAAAAGAGCUGGUUUGGUUUACUGUCGUAAAGACCGCAAAAAGGGGAAGAGGAAGCAGCCACCAUGGCGUUGGGAUUUGCUAAGCUGAAGUCGAUCCUUGGAAUCGAAGAAGCUCAGGAAGAACAAACUAUGCAAGACGAACUAAAUGAAAUGUGCAAUUUAACAUACGAACAGCGGAUGUACGGAUUUGGAAUAUGCCUUGGGUUAGGAAUUCUAUGCGCUUUUCUGUCUUCCCUCCUCUUAUUUAGCCCGACAAGGUUUGCGAUCGUGUACACUUUUGCAAAUAUUCUUUGCCUCGGCAGCACAGGGUUUUUGAUUGGGCCCCUGCGCCAAGUCAAAAUGAUGUUUGACAAGAGUCGUGCGGUGGCAACGAUUAUUUACUUGGGUGCUAUGGUCCUCACCCUGGUGGCAGCCCUUCGUUUGAAGAUCGUCUUGUUGACAAUCAUCUUCAUCAUCAUUCAAAUGUGUGCUUUUGUAUGGUAUUGUCUUAGCUAUAUCCCAUUUGCGAGGAGAAUGGUGCAAAGCUGUUUCCAGUCCUGCGCAUAGUCACAGGGAUGAAGGGUCUCUAACCUUCCCUCUUUGGUGGAGUCCACCUGCCUUCGCACAUAACCUUUCUUUUCUGUCAAAUGUUCCUCUCAAAAGCGGACUCACUUUCGUACCUGUUCAUGGUGCCCGUAUGCUGUUAGCGCUCAUAGCAGUUAUUGCCAGUUCUCUCUCAUCCUUAUCUGAUGGGUAAGCUCAAGAAGUAAUCUGUUUGACAUGGCACAGAGGUCAAAGCGAAAGGCGGAGAGCGCUGGCUGGUGGUGUUCCUGGCACACUACAACACAGGCUAAGUCUGAGAUCAAGGCUUAGAAGAAAUCUUGCGUUUGAUGCUGAAGAAGAAAUCUCACCGAAGUUGAGGGUUUACCUGAUGCGAGCUUGAGAACUGAGCAUUUGGCUCUUCGUAGCUUCCGCUUCAGAUCUUACGCGGAGACUGAAGCCAAAGUGUUGUGAGAUGCUUUGCUAACUUCCAGGGCUCGAAGAGCGGGAAGCAGGCCACAAGGUGGAGGAUACGCGGGCUGUGCUUGAGAUUGGGUCUCAAGGCUUGGCAUGAGACAGAUGAUUUCGGUCCUGGGAUCUAGACUGACAUGAAUGAGAGGGAGACCAAAGCUCUGCUGGGGCUUAGGCGUGGAUUCUGACCAAAGUAGAGGGCAGAGGCCAAGGCUUCCAGUCUAAUGCUGGGGCUGCUGCGCAAGCUGUAGUAGUGCCUGCUGAGCUUUAGCCUACGGCCUCGGUUUGGCCUUUGGUGGCCAAUUCGGGGAGACGGAAGCAGAGAGAGACUGAUGCCAAGAAUGGUGCGGAAGCUGAAGAUGCGGUGAGAACUGCCCGACUGGGCUCAAGGCAGGGAUUGACGCUGACAUCGACGUUUAGGCUGGGGUUACAAGCUGUAAUCGGCCGAAGCUGCAGCCGAGCCUUCACACUGUUCACAGGUUGUGCAACGGAAAAAGGUCAGAAUGAAAUUGAGGCGAAAAGAUAAGGCAAAGCCCAAGGGACGGGCGAUGUUCAGAGGCUGUCGCUUUGUGGCCAACUCUCGGGAAGCAUCUCAGGCUGAGACUGAGACACUGAAAAGCAGAGGCAUCGCUUAUGGUGAUGGAGAGGCUGCACUUGUCCGUAUUCAGGCUGAAGCGUCAUCCUCGAAGCUUUGCCCUUCACGAAUGCCCCAAAACGGAGCUGAAAUUUGGUAACCGCCCCUCUUUGCCCCUGCAAAUUUGUGGAACCGUACUCCCCACCUCUGCCUGACGGUAGUGCCUGUAUGUCUGUGGUUGCUUGGACGGAUGACUGACUGUUGCAUUGGUGAAUUUUGGCUCUUGAAAUUUGUAUCGUUUGCCGUUAAGGGUUGGAGUGUGCUGUCCUCUGUGCCGCCAGCGGAUCCCGUAUGUACAAUCCAUUUGGCUCUCUGUUGUGGACGCUUGCGAACUGAGCGGGAAUCCAUAGUCGACACAGUGCAGGUAUGUAAUUUUGCCAGUAGCUAAAAGGAGAGAAAGAGGGUAUUUCGGACAGGAGAGAGGAGGAUUGUGGGGACAUAGGACCUUGGUUGCAUACCCAUAUGAUUUUUUUUGAGGUGAGAGCUCAUGUAAGUAUGUCAGGUCUUUCACUGGCGCCCUCUGUGUGGGCGGUAUGAAUUAUGCUUUCGAUGGCAUGGCUCUUGGGAGUUGCUGUACGGGAGUACAGCAAAUUCAUAUAGUGAUUGUUGGAUGGGUAUUUGGUUAAGUAACUAGCAUCUGACAUUGUUAAAAAAUUUGUUAUAGCAUUUUUGUGCGGGUUUGUCAUUCCUGCGUCUAGGAGAGCAUGUGCGUCCUUCCCCCCAAAAAAAUGGACAGUAGAGGUGGUUAGUCGGAGGGGGUUAAAAGUUAAAACGAAGGGACGAAAAUUAGAAAAGAGCAAUAAGAAAUCUGCGGGAUAUUGGGACGCUGUCAUUGGUGGUGGGAGAAGGGAAGGUUCUCUUCUUGUUGAUCCAGAGAGAAGAUGAAGGCGGCGGAAGGAAUUUAGAACAUA